AAAUGACUAAUUUGUUGUCACAGUUAGCUGAAGACACGUGUUUUGACAAAUUUUUUAUUACGUUUCUAAGUAGUGUAUCGUAUAUUUUUAAAUAAUAUUAAGAAAUUGAAACCUAAAAAUCAAAAUGCCUAAAACAAGCUCGGGCUCUAAAGCCCCUCGCACUCAGGGGUUCAAUCGGUCAGCUCACAGUAUGAAUCCGGAGCGUAAAACAGAAAAUCUUAAAGGUGUGGCCAAAGUGAGAACAAAAGCCACUAUACGAAGGUUGCAAAUGUAUAGAAACUUCAAAGCUAAACGCGAUAGAAAUGGUAAAAUCAUUCAUGCAGCACCAUUUCAAGGUUGGUUACCAUGUGGCGCUCAAGCUCGUGUAGAACCAAAUCGUAAAUGGUUUGACAAUACUAGAGUCAUUGGGCAAAAUGCUUUACAGAAAUUUCAAGAAGAAUUAGGCAAAGCAGUUAAAAAUCCAUAUGAUAUUCUUAUGAAACCAACUGGUUUGCCAAUUACCUUAUUAAAUGAAAAAAAGAAACAUCAGCGUGUACAUAUUCUUGAAACCGAAAGUUUUGAAAGUGUUUUUGGAUCAAAAAAAACUCGUAAACGCCCAAAUAUAUUUGUUAGAGAUGAACAACAAUUAUCAGAAUCUGUAAAUUCUAUUAAUGAAUCAUAUUCUGAUGAUAAAGAUAUAGAUUUGGUAAGAGAAGACACAGGUGAAAAAACUGCUCCUCGGGAUUGGAUAAUGGCUGCUGGCCAAAGCAGACGUAUUUGGAACGAGCUAUAUAAAGUAAUCGAUUCAUCAGAUGUUGUUAUAAUGGUUUUAGAUGUUAGAGAUCCUCCUGGAACACGUUGUGCUCAUAUAGAAAAUUUUUUAAAAAAAGAAAAACCACAUAAACAUUUAAUAUUUGUAUUGAACAAAGUUGAUCUUGUACCUGUCUGGGUAACUCAAAGGUGGGUUGCCAUUCUUAGUUCUGAAUAUCCAACUGUAGCAUUUCAUGCUUCACUUACUCAUCCUUUUGGAAAAGGGGCUGUGAUUAAUUUACUGCGACAAUUCACUAAAUUACAUUCAGAACGUAAACAAAUAAGUGUUGGCUUCAUUGGCUAUCCGAAUGUUGGUAAAAGUUCAGUUAUAAAUGCUUUGCGAUCUAAAAAGGUUUGUAAAGUAGCUCCUAUUGCUGGUGAAACUAAAGUAUGGCAAUAUAUUACAUUAAUGAAAAGAAUUUUCCUUAUCGAUUGUCCAGGUGUUGUUUAUGAUGCCGCUAAUACUGAAACCGAUACAGAGAAAGUAUUAAAAGGUGUUGUAAGAGUUGAGCUUGUACCUGAUCCAGAACAAUAUAUUCCACCAUUAAUGGAAAGAGUUAAACCUGAACAUUUAUCUAAAACUUAUGGGCUAGAGAGUUGGGAAGAUAGUGAAGAUUUCUUGUCACAACUUGGUAUAAAAACAGGUAAAUUAUUAAAAGGUGGUGAUGCAGAUACUACCUUAUGUGCUAGGAUGGUAUUAAAUGAUUGGCAAAGAGGGAAAAUUCCUUAUUAUAAACCUCCUCCUGGUUUUGAAGAACCUCUAUCAGCUCAAGAUCAAGAGCAAGAACCAAUUACCAAGAAAGCUGAGUUAAAUGUUGCAGAAGAAAGUGAUUCAGAAGAAGAAACAGAAAAUGUCACCACUCCUACUGAAGAAAACGAAAAUGCUACUUCUACUGAUAGUGACGAAGAAGAAGAAAGAAAGAGAGAAAAACAAGAAAAAUUACAAUUAGCACAUGAAGCUUACAUGAGUAGUUUGACAAGUAAACAGAAAAGAAGUUUAAUGUUACGGAAUAAAAGAAAGAAAGUUGGAACUGAUUUUUAUGAAGUUACUAAUGUUAAAAAUCGUAAUAGAAACCGUAAAGUACCAAAAACAAAAUAAAAUUAAUUUUUGUUAUAAAUA